AUCCGUGUUACGUCGCUCCAGGAAGUUUGCUGUUUUAAGGUUUCGGAAUGGCGCUUACCAACCCGAGACAGAUGUUUUCUAACCCGGUAAGAUGCUGUUUUCUUACGGGUGUGGACUUAAACUUGCCUUCACUUCUAACCCGAAUCAGAACCAGAACUUCUAGCUUAUUCGUGGGAGAAAUCUGUGAGUUACCUUAGCUGCGGUUCGGACUUUUCUCUUUAGAUUAUCUCGACACAAACUUGGUUGAUGUAAAAUCUUUUUUUCCUGCCUUUGAACCAUUUUACGCCGCGGACUUGUUUUCGUUUCACCCAGAACGGAGCUAAAAACGUUCUUGGCUUUAUUUUUCUUUAACUUUGGUAACGGAAGCCUUAUCCGUCCUCAUAAUCAGGGAAUUCCGGUCGGGAAUGUGAUCCCAUCCCAGUCAGGUGAAUGUCGCGUGCGCUCUCGCAGCUGCUGCUGUAACCAGUAACACCAAAUAAAAACCUUUUUAGCCUCGUUUGUUGUUUCGAGCCAGUUGUCUCUGGGUUAGGUUAGUUGUCAUUAGUCAUGGGUAGAUGAAGCCUCAUGAAGCGUUUCAGCACAUUCCCCAAAUAGUAUCGAUGCUGUGUCGACACAGUGCUGCUGUUUUGCUCUAAAAGGACACCUACUGGACUUAAUAUCGUUGCAGGCGAUCCCCUUCGCCGGGACGGUUCUGGGUGGUCUGGUGCCGGGGGAGAUGGUUGUCAUCCAGGGCUCAGUGCCGUCUGACGCUGACAGGUUCCAGGUAGAUCUCACAUGUGGCAGCAGCACGAAGCCGCGGGCUGAUGUGGCGUUUCACUUCAACCCGAGGAUUAAGAAGUCAUGCAUCGUCUGCAACACGCUGCAGAAGGAAGCGUGGGGCCGUGAGCGGAUUCUGCACCAGAUGCCCUUCAGAGCUGGAGCUGCGUUCGAGCUCGUCAUCCUGGUCCAGGAAGACCAGUUCAAGGUGGCGGUGAAUGGAGCUCACGUGUUGGAUUACAAACACCGUCUGGAGCUGGAGCGAGUCGACACCGUCCUUAUCCAGGGAAAGGUCAGCGUUCAGGUAGUGGGCGUCGUCCCUCCUGCUUCUAACCCCGUCUCUCCUGCCGCCAGCCUCAGCAGUCUGGACUCCGAGCCAGUGAUGUCAUCGUCAGGUGACCUGAGCGUCCCCUUCAGAAUGCAGCUGGACAACGGGCUGAGCGUUGGAAGCAACAUUGUCAUCAAAGGACAAACCAGUAAGAAAGCAAUCAGUUUUGCUGUGAAUCUACGAGAGUCAGUCGGCAGCAACAUCGCUCUUCAUCUUAACCCCCGUCUGAAGAAAGGAGUCUUCGUCAGAAACUCCUUCCUGUCCGAGUGCUGGGGUCCUGAGGAGACCACGCUCAAGUCCUUCCCCUUCGAAGCAGGCCAGUACUUUGAGAUGAUCAUUUGCUGCGAGCUGAAGUUCUUCAGAGUUGCUGUUAAUGGAUUUCACCAGCUGGACUUCAAACACAGAGUCCAGGACUUGAGCCGGAUCAGGCAGCUGGAGGUUUUGGGAGAUGUUUCCCUGCUGGAAGUUAGGAAGGUUUGAGGACCGAACUCAGAAACCGGAUGAAGAAGAACUUUCCAGUGUGGUAAACGAGGAGCCACUUGUUUCUGAUCUUGCACUCUGUUUUCCUCCUUAUUGGAGCACAAGUACUGUUUCUCUUACAACAGGUUAUUCUGCAAACACCAAGGACAUUUCUGACUUGCACUUUAACAAAAUCAAUUAUAAUAAAAUGCAUAACUGAUAACUGCAGUAGCUCAGCAGGUUGUCCAGUAAUUGGAGGGAUGCGGGAUUGAUCACGGCUGCCAGAUGUGUUCUUGGGCAAUACACUUGAAGCUCCCUACCUGUUGAUGGUGGUCAGAGGGACCUUAGUGUCUCAGAGCAGAUGUAGCUCAUCACCAUCAGGGAGUGAGUGGUCUGUCCAAGUUCAGAGUCAUUCAUCAUAACUUCUUUGCAGAAAUGUUUGCUGGCUCGUAUUUCCAGAUUCUAGAUGUUAAAACCAAACUUGUGCAUUAAUCCAGCUGUUCAGUCCAAACAUGUUUUCCUGUGAUGCCAGGGAUCAUCGUACAGGAGCAGAGGGUUGCAUGAGAAUGAAGAAAUUUAACAAGUCUUUACAUUUAUUGAUUAAGCUAAUUUGUUUUGCAGAUUUGCUUUCAAAUGACCUCAGGUAUUAAAAGAAAUACAACCAAA